AGUCACUGUUGGACUCCGGAGUCAUGGCCAUGAUAAAACCCAACAUGACAGGAAACGAUAAUUAUUCUGACUACUACAACCUAAUAUCAGACUACAACAACCUAUCACUGAACCAGGUAUGCAAAAAUGACAAUUUAAGGUCAUUCAGCCAAGUCUUCCUGCCCACCCUCUACAGCAUUGUCUUCAUUGUGGGGUUAAUUGGCAAUAGCCUGGUGGUCUGUGUCCUGGUCAAGUAUCAAAAAAGGUCAAAUGUGACAGAUGUGUGCCUCUUCAACCUGGCCCUUUCAGACCUCGUCUUCCUUAUCUCAUUGCCUUUCUGGGCCCACUACGCUGCCAACACUGAAUGGACCUUUGGGGGCUUCAUGUGCCAUACAGUGACAGCGUUGUACAUGCUGGGAUUCUAUGGAAGUAUCUUCUUCAUGAUCCUCAUGACCGUACAUCGGUACACCAUGACGGUCCAUGUCCAUACCCCCCAUAUCUCCAAGCACUGGUCUGUCAGAGCGAGCAUAGUGCUGGUUUUGUUUAUGUGGGCACUUAGCUUGGGAGCUUCUCUGCCAUCAAUCAUUUUUUCUCAAGUGAAGAAUGAAUCAGGGGAAUGGACCUGCAGGGUUGAAUAUCCACAAGGGACCGCAUGGGAGUCAUUCUCUUACAUUGAGCUGAACUUCCUCGGCUUGAUUAUUCCUCUCUCAGUGAUGGUGUUCUGCUACUCGCGUAUCAUCCCCGUCUUGAUGGCUAUGAAGUCUCCGAAAAAACACAAAGCUGUCAAGCUCAUCUUUGUCUUAGUCACCGUUUUCUUCCUCUUCUGGACACCCUACAACAUUGUCAUCUUCUUGAAGUUCCUGCAUCGUUUGGGCUACAUGAACACUUGUCAGUGGGAUCAGGACCUGAACAUAGCUAUGCUGUGGGUGGAAACCAUAGCGUUCAGUCACUGCUGCCUCAACCCCAUAAUCUACGCUUUUGUGGGGCAGAAAUUCAGGAAUUUAGUUCUCAACGUUCUGAAAGAGAGAUUUCCACUUUGUUUUGGUCAGUUCCCAACAACUGUCAGUCAGUUAUCACAUAGGACAGGCUCUGUGUCUUCACGCUCCCCAGAAAUUUCCAGCACAAAGAUUGUGUAGCCAAAACUGGGCAAAAGUGCAGCAGUUGAAAUGUGGGUUAACCAGACCUAA